GACGCGAUGCUAAUGAUUGACUCGGCGCAACGUGCGGAAAGUGCGACAUCGCCAUUUUGUUCUUUCGGGCCUCUUUGAAAACAACGUACUGCUCGUUCGUGUGUGGCUAUAGCUUGUAGGGUCGCGGACUUUCGUAUGUGUGAAUACCUCGGGACUCAAGUCAUUGGAGCCUGACACUUCUCUGCCGAAGUCGACAGUGGAUGAUGACGACGACGAAUUGGAGGCGCUGCGCACUGCGGCGUUGUUGUCUAUGAAAGUCAGAGAAAAGCGUAACUUGAGCGCUGUGAAUUCUGAAGCGCACGAGCGGUCUGGUUCGUAUUCCGGCUACAGCUGUCUUCCAAAGCAUUCCAACGAGAGAGCCACCGCCCCUGGAAAGCCACUCUUCAGCUGGAAGCAGCACACACGACCCAACCUUAUCGUGAUACAGCCUGUGUCACUGGAAGGAAAAGAAGCAGCAUCCCCAUGCAGUGCUUCAAAUUUGGUGUUGCCUCAGGAUCGGUGGUGCCCAAAGCAGGGCCAAGAAAGUCCAGCCUCAAGUGGCACUGGCCAAUCCAAGCGCAGGGCAUCCGGCAAGUUCAGUCACUUCGAGUCCAGCUCUGAAAGUGAGGAAAGUGAUGAUGACCUGCUGCGAUCUGGUUCUGCAUUAUCCCACAGUGAUGGUAGUAUUGAUGGGCACAGUUCAGACGAUGAACAAAACUCAACUCAAGCAUCAUCAUCAUUUAGGUUUACACAAGAUUGCCUUGACAGCUGUCUAAGUGAGUCCACAUCUGACUUGCCAGCAUUCUCGUCCCCCCCGCCUGAAGCGACUUCGGAAGCUGGUGCGACCAACUCUGUGAACUCUGUGCAUAAAUCCAGUGAUGAAUGCAGCCCUGCACAUGAUGCAGAGCGUAGUUGCAGUGUUGUCAAUGUUAAUGCCAUGGCCAGUGCUCAUUUACAGGCAGGUGGCAACAGCUUGGCUAAAUGUACCACAAAGGAUAAUUUGUGGCUGGUAAGCAGAGCAGAAGCACAUUUUCAUGCUGGGCAUAAAAAGACUUCUGUAGUGCCAAAUGAAAAUUCUCCAGAAGUGAUUUUUGAUUAUUCAGGCUUGCGCCAUCAAAACAGUGGCAACAUAAGUCCUGGGAGGCACAUAACGCGAAAAAGCCGAGCUUUAGAAGAACUCCAGCAGAAACGUGAUGAGGAGAGGCUCAUAAAUGGUCUCUCCUCUGAUGGUCAAAGACCUCUCCAUCUUUCUCCGGAAAACACGAGAGAAGAUAGACUAGUGCCACCUCCACGAGAGAGGCACAGCUCCCGGGAGGGUACACCAGGAAGCACAAGAAGUGUGGACAGCCAAGACCGUUCGGCAAGUAGCGUCUUUGAAGCUCGGCGGCGAAAGUUUGAGUGCACUGUGCCAGUGAACCCGGUCGGAGGAAAGAUACUGCUGCUCAGACAGGGCAGGACUGAGGACCAAAGCCCACACCGCGAAGGCUCUUCCCCCAUCUCUUCUCCUUGCGCUCAGACGAGAUCACGCAGCAGAAGUGCAAGUCCCCCGCUGUUGCGUUCUGUGCUCAGUGUUGUAAAACGUGGACCAUGUGAAGUUUCGCCAGCAUGUACCGAAUCUAAGAAGCAUAGAUCUGGAAGGACAGUGGAGGUCAUUGUACGCAGUGUUGGUGAAGAGCCUACAGAUACAAGUGAGCGUGUUGGCAAAAGCAGUAGCAAAAAACUGCCUGUCCACCUAAGGCUUGGUGAUGCCAGCACAGUGUCCUCAACAAGAAAGAAAAAGAGCAAAAGGAAACGAUCUCCGCAUGACUCAAGAGCAUACAGUGUCAAGCGAAAGCAUACGAGCGCAAGAGGCCUUGACUCCAACGUGCGGCGUGCCUGGCUGGGCCGUGACCAGCACUGCAACCGCCGUAAGCGCAUGCCAUCUGGCCUCAGUGAUGGCACUCCCUGACACCCAUAGGAGAAGAGGGAGGUGUCCAUGCAGCAGGUUGUGUGUCGCCGAUUAAAGUACUUAAGAGGUCUGGCUCACCCCCCAAUGACUCGUCUUGCACUGUUGUGUGAUGAAAAAAAAAAUAUUCCUGAGCUGAAACUGACUCUGACGAACACACUGUGGCUGCCUGCUUGGACUCUUUUGAUCUUGUUAUGCUGUACAAAGCUGUUAGUGUUUGGUGUGACCUGGCAAUGUAAUUUCAUUGUGUGUAACAUUUUGAAAGUGUUGAUUUACUGUGUGUUCAGUAUGAAAGAGAUAUCCAGCAGAGAGCAUUUUAAAGCAUUCUUUUCUUUCUUUCUUGCACAAAUCUUUUUUAUAGUGCACAAUGUACGUUUUUGCUCGUUCUUUUUUCUAGUUGAAAACUUAUCUAGCUGGCUUAUUUUCAUACUGGGCAAACUGCUUUGUGCCACUGUUUGUUACUGAAUGAAUUGUCUCACAUUUUUGUGACAAUCAUUUGGUGCCAGAUGGCAGGGCUACUUAACCAUAUCAAGUUAUAUCAUGGUGAAAUUUCUGGCGAGACAGAUGUAUGCUGGGCCAUUUUGUUCAUUGCAGCCUAACCAGUUCUGCUGCAUGUUCUCCCAUGUUCCGAAAAAAUUGUGUAAAUAGUAGUAUUUAAAUAUAACUAAAACGAUUUCAUUCUAUACUGUCACAAAGUAACUUGGUUAUAAAAAGUGAUUGCGAUGUGGUUUGUUUUUUUCUACAUAUAAUUUUAGGUAAUUAGUUUCUUACUCACAAGAAAGGAUUUUUUAUCUUGUUUGAAUGUUCUACCAAACGUAAAACUGGGUCUUAAAAAGACACGAGCUGCGACGAAUGCACUAGUUUUAAAAUAUAAUUUUUUUGCAUGCUUAACAUAUUUGUAUAGUGCAUGCGUCUGAUGGGUUUACACUGUAUCUUAGUUGUUGUAUCAUUUGCCAAGCAUUGUGUUUUUAAGUCUUUUGCCCUAUUGCCUUAUUUUUUAGCUCUUUAUUAUAUGUAAUAAGCCCCAUUUACAAGCUGUAUUAUUGUUAUUUUUUGUACAUUUGUUUUUGCUUAUACACAAAAAUGCAUUCUCCAGCCUUGUCUUGCAGACUUGUGCUGUGGUUAAAGCCUAGAAUAAUUGCUUUUGUCAUCAAGGCAGUCAGUUGUUUUUUAGGCUGAUUUAUUAUUUUCUUAUACACGAUAAUGCAUUCUUUAGCCUUGUCUUGCAGACUUGUGCUGUGGUUAAAGCCUAGAAUAGUUGCUUUUGUUAUCAAGGCAGUCAGUUGUUUUUAGGCUGUGGUCUCUGUAAACUGUUCUAUCUGCACCAUGAAGUAACUGUUUUUUGUUACAUUGUUGUAUUUGCCUUGUGCUUUAGACUAGUUUUUUUGUUACUUAUGUUAACAUGUUAAUAGUAUUGACAGGUGCAUACCUUUCUUUUGGAUAAAAUGUGCCAGUAAUCCUUCCCUUGCAAGUAGUAUAUGUACUGUGCAGGUACCGUUGUCCUUGGAAGCCAUCUAUGGUGGUGGUCUUUUUUUUUUUUUUUUGCUCUCUCUCCUUCUUUUGCCUACCAAAAUGGUCGUGUGGUCUUUUGUUGCCUUUGUAUUUAUUGCAGGUAUAAAAAAAUGCAGCACUGAAAGGCGAGAGCAUUUUGAAAAAAAAUUUUUCUUUUUUCAAAAUUUUGACAUUUAUAGUUCAUUGCAUGCAGAAGACUUGUAUUUUCAUAUCUCAUUUGUUUUGUAUAUAUGCUGUUUUAUUAUUGUUUCAUGUCUAAGAGAAAUGAAAAGUAGUAAAGCAAAUGUGAAUCAGGGCUAUUAAAAUCAGUUGAAAAAUCUGCCAGCGAAACUGUAGACAUAUGCGGUUCAUCCAACACCACCUAGAC